AUGGAGGACUUUAUGAGGCAUAAGCCCUCAAAAUUCACAGGCAAAUCCACUCCAGACAAAGCUGACGCAUGGCUCAAGGUGUGUGAGAAAAUUUACAAAGUCAUUGAGUGCACUAAUGCACAGAAGCUGACUUUCAUCACAUUCUUACUGGUGGCGGACGCUGAAAACUGGUGGGCGGGCAUGCAACAACUUAUACAGACUUGGGACAAGGAGGUUACUUGGACUUCUUUCAGGAUGAGAUUCUUGGAGAAGUAUUUUCCAAACAGUGCCAGGCACAAAAGUGAGGCAAAAUUCCUCACGUUCCAACAGGGGAACCUGACUGUGCAGGCAUACACAGACAGAUUUGAGUACCUGGCGAGGUUCUAUUCGCCCACCGUCACCGAGGAGUGGAGAUGUAGAAAAUAUGAGGGCGGGCUGAAACAUGAGCUGUGCCGAUUCAUUGUACCCCUCAAGAUCAGGGAGUUUCCAAUCUUGGUGGAACAGGACAAGGCAGUUGAGCAGCUGGAGAUGGGGCCCAGCAGAGUGGCUCGACCUUAG